UUUGGUUGCGCUGCAUGAGGGCCAAAGUGUAGAGGAGAGCUAGUAAUAUUAGAAGAGAAAUGGGGAGUUCUCAUGAGCUUGCAAGAAAUGGUCAUAAAGAUGUUUCACUUCAAGAACUUAGUGAUCGGCUUGCUGAGUUUGCUCAAGUAAGAGGAUGGGAACAAUAUCACAGCCCCAGAAAUCUCCUUCUAGCACUAGUGGGAGAGGUUGGAGAACUGUCUGAAAUUUUCCAGUGGAAAGGUGAAGUUGCAAGAGGGCUGCCUGACUGGACUUCUGAUGACAAAGAGCAUUUGGAAGAGGAGCUCUCUGAUGUUCUGCUCUACCUGAUUCAACUGGCAGACGUUUGCGGACUUGAUCUUGGACAAGCAGCUCUCACCAAGAUUGUCAAGAAUGCAAGAAAAUACCCCGUUGCCAAGCAAACAGCAGCUUCCACCAACUAGCUAACAGCUCUAUAUGUUUGGAUCCUCUCUUUUUUUUUUUUUUUUUUUUUUUUGGGUAAUGCUAGGGAGAUUAAAAUUUUAAACCAAAUUUGCAAGUCAAAUGAUGUGUCACCAAUAUGAAAUAAGCACGUGAUCAAUGCUUAAGUAGUAAUCCAAUUGUCAACAAUCACAUCCUUUGAUAUGCAAAUUUGGUUUAAAAAAUUUGGUCUCCCUACCAUUAUCCUUUUUUUCUAUAUGUAUUUUGGUAAACUCUUGCUGCUUAUAUUUUCUAGCGUUAGAUUGUCAACUAUGAUCGAAGUUUUGUUUUUGGAGGAAUCUACUUCCUUAUCCUUCUUAAUAAUAACUGAGCUGGACUUACUUUUUAUACAAACUA